CUUCCUGUUAGUUCAGUCGACACUAAAAAAAAAUCUUGAGGUCAAGGCAAAAAGUAGCAUGGCAGCAGUGUUACGGGGCACUAAAAACCUGUUGCAGGGGUUACGUAAGCAUGGCCACUCUGCACUGGUGUCUUCUCGGACUAUGGCCUCCAAAACUCCAGUUGGAUUUAUUGGGCUAGGGAACAUGGGAAGGCCAAUGGCAAAGAAUCUUUUGAAAAAUGGUUAUCCAGUCAUUGCCUCUGAUGUGUUUCCAGAAGCUUGUAAGGAAAUUCAAGAUUUAGGGGCACAGGUUUUGGAUUCUCCUGCUGAGGUUGCUGACAAAGCAGAUAGGAUAAUCACCAUGUUACCAUCGAGUCCACAUGUCAUAGAAGUAUAUACAGGACCAAAUGGAGUUUUAAAGAAAGUGAAGAAGGGCUCACUUUUAAUAGAUUCCAGCACUAUUGAUCCUUCUGUUUCCAAGGACAUGGCUGCUGCAGCAGAAAAAAUGGGAGCUGUUUUUAUGGAUGCUCCAGUGUCUGGAGGUGUUGGAGCAGCAAGUUCUGGAAAACUUACUUUCAUGGUGGGAGGAAUGGAAGAAGAAUUCAAUGCUGUUAAAGAGCUGCUGACUACCAUGGGUACUAACAUUGUUUAUUGUGGACAGGUUGGAACCGGGCAGGCAGCAAAGAUUUGUAACAAUAUGUUAUUGGCUAUUGGCAUGAUUGGAACUGCUGAAACAAUGAACCUUGGAAUCAGACUAGGACUUGACCCCAAGCUUUUGGCUCAGAUCCUAAAUAUGAGUUCUGGUCGCUGUUGGUCAAGUGACACUUACAACCCUGUUCCAGGAGUCAUGGAAGGUGUGCCCUCUGCUAAUAAUUACCAGGGAGGCUUUGGAACUACCUUAAUGGCUAAGGAUCUAGGUCUGGCACAGAAUACAGCAACAAAUACAAAGACGCCUGUUCCACUUGGGUCCUUAGCUCAUCAGAUUUAUAGAAUGAUGUGUGCACGAGGAUAUGCACAGAAAGACUUCUCCUCUGUCUUCCAGUUUCUUCGUGAGGAAGAAAACCAGUAAAAAGUAGGCAGAAAAGAAAAGAUGGCUGGUUUAUACUUGUGCUUGUAUAGCUAUACAGCCAAGUGCAGGCAGAUACUUUGGUAGGUUUUAGAUUGGUAGAUGGGGUGUUUUUGGAUGUCAUAGUAUUUUAAUCUUUUCUAGAUGCUUGGAAGUACAGUAUGUCUGAAGCCUGCUUUUAAACACUUAAGGUAUCACAGUCAAUUUCACUAAUAAAAAUCAGAAGUAUGUUUUCCAGUAUUUUUGCCACUGUUUUGUUAAACUUGAUGUACAUGUUAAAGAUUAUAUGAGUUUGAUUUGAAUAAAUAGAUAUAUAAAGGUUAGUGAUAAACUGUAGAUAAAAGACAAACAACUUCUCAAACCGCAAAAAUAUUGUAAAGGUUACAUGCUUAUAGUCAGACUGCAGUUAACAUUUGAAUAUACCCCAAUGUAAGAAUCAUUAUGACUACAUAUGUUCUGUUACAUGUUUUAUCAAUUGUCUUUUCUCCCACCCAGGCAUCAUUUGUAUAACUGAAAAUUCUUCUGUUUGUUGUGUUUUCCUGUUCAUAUAUCAUGUCUUCAAAGAUGUGUACAAGGCUCUUAAAGAGCUCUGAUAGCACUGAUUUGGAGUUUGAUGUUCUGUUACACUAUUAACACUGUAAAUUAAAAGAAUAUAUAAUGAUAUCAGGAUUUUUUAAGUCUUGUUUAUGCAGUUUUUAUAUAGGUUUUUUUUGUAAAUCACAUAAUCAUUUUUAAUAGGUGUUUAAUAUUUGGUGUAACCAUUUUUUAAAUUGGUAGAACUGCUUAAUCUGCUUUUAAUCAGAUGCCAACUGUACUAUUCUUCAGUUUCCAUUUGAUUGUUUUAAUCUACGAAUUCAACAUACCAAAUAACACAUUUUAUGUAGGCUUGUGUACUAGAAGAAAAAGUUUGAAAGUUACUUAUGAGUAAAAUAAAAAGGUUAAUGUUUAUAUUGACAGUAUACCUCUUAACAAGAUUUUGCUGCUCAAAUCAGAGAUGCCCAGUCAUCUAUUUGUUCCCACCAGACUUGUUAAUCUAUUAAAUCAAACAUAGAGUAUAUUCAAUACUGCAUAAGUGAAGAAGUGAAUGAAAAGUCAAAAGAACAACAGGUUCUUUUUUACAUUUUAAAGUUUCAGAGACCUAGAGGAAAAAUAAACACACACAAAGUGAUGCAUGAAAACAGAGUAAAUAAAAGUAAAGCACAAUAAUAUUACCAUUAUUUAGGCUUAUUUCAGUGCUUAAGAAAAAAAUGUUAUACUUUUUUGUUUAAGUAGUUUAUUAGUAAUUAUGUAACGAAUAAUGAAAGAAAAAGUUGUAUGUAUUGUCAGUUUUUCUGUAACUAAUGCAUCUACAUAUUUUUUCAAUUUGGAUUGUGUGGUUAAUGUUUUAUACUGAUUAGGAUGCAUAUUAAGAUAAGUUAAUUUCUAUACAGAAUUAACCCAUUGUGCCUCAGCUUUCCUGGGCCAUUUUGCUUAAAAAACAUAAUUUUACCACAGAAGUGAUAAAUACUGGUGCUUUUUUUAAAAAAAAAAAACAAGGAGUUCACAACUUUUUGUAUUACUGUACAGGUGGCUAAACCCAUUCUCUCUUUCCUUUUCUUUUUUGACUCGCAUGAGGCUGAUUGGAAAGAUCAUUUUUCAGUUUAGAAAUGUAUUGUUUCAAUUUUUAUUAGAAACGUUAAUGUUCUGUUAUGAAGUAAUUUGAAUAAUGAUUUCACGUUGAAAUUUUUAAGUCUUAAGUUAUUCAGCAAUUAAUAAAAUUCAUUAAGUAUUCACAGCUGUGAGGAUAGUGCUGCAAUAAAUACUAACCACAAUAUUCAUUUUCCCAGGAAAAAAACAUUUCCAGCGAAUUAUGUCAGUUUUCUUUUAUAAAAAAUGCACUCACUUAUGUCUAUGAUGUUUGAGAAAUCUCUUAUUUAAAACUUAUCUGAAUUUUUUAAGUCAUUUUCAUUACUGUUCAAACAUUUUGAGAGCAAUCAUUUAAUUUGCUAAUUGAAUAAUUAGCAACUCACACAGAGGCUGACGUUAAAACUGAAUCUAUACACCAUGAGAUAAAAAAAAUUUAGAACAUUACCAGUUACAUCUCUAAAUUAUCAAUUGUGUUGUUCAUUUUUGUUAUAGCAGAAUAAAUAAAGCCAACCCAUUGCAUGGCCUCCACUUUGACUCUGUAGUUCCCCACUGAUUCAAAAAUGUUUCUCUGACAUAUCAUGAGGAAUGGAUUGGUAGAGGAUUUUGUUUGCAACACGGCACAAAUAAAAUGAAAGUGACCAGCAGUAAAAAGCAAGGAGAAGUCUGCUGGCCUAACAGUAAUUCAGUGCAUUUCAAAAGUACAUAAUGGCUGUAACUGAAAUGAAGAGGUUAGAAGAAAUUGAUUGAACUAAACCAGUGAUGAUUCAAUGGAAAAAUAAAAAUCAGAGACUGAAAAAAUAUAGAAAAAAAUGACAUUUAAAACUAUGCAUGAGUAUUUAGUCUUUCUGUAUAAAGUUUCUAACCUCUACCAGCAUGCUGACAUUAUUUUCAUUCUGUCCCUUUUUAUUUUUUCCUCCUUCUAUAAUUGCUUGGUCUUUACUCUGAUCCUAUGUGCCUAUAUAAAAAUGGAAUCUCAUUAUUCUAUAAUUGUCUUUAUCUGUGCUUCCCUAUGUGUGUUCCACCUGUUCAUAAUAUAGUAAUCUCAUAAUUAUUCCAUGGAGUCGUUCUCGUGAUUAUUACCUUGUACUUUUUGGUCCUCAGCAAACUCUCAGGAACCAAUUGUUAAGGCUAAUAAAUCUUAUCAUUUGAUUGCCAGUUGUAUAGAUUCAAAUCUGUACUUGAAAAAUGAAAUUGUGCUUGGUUGUAUUGUUCUAGACUAAUUAAGAUUUGGUUUCUGAUGGUGUUAAUAUUUUUGUGUAUCUGUUGUUAUCCUGACAUUUUACAUCUAAGACAGUGGUCAUUCUAAAGUAUUAAAUAAAUCCAUGUAGAUAUACACGGGGCAAUCCACCCUUACACUUAAUGCUGCGAUAGAUAUAUUGUAAUGCAAAAAUAUAAUGCUAUGAAUUUUCAUUCAUUGUUACAUUUGAACUUUUUUUCAUUUUGUAAUUGAGUAUUACAGUAUACUUCUACAUGUGUGUUUUUAAACAUUAGUGAAUAAUUUAUUAAUACUGAUUGAUUUUCAGUCAGAUUACCUUCUCUGUGGGGUCUGUACAUUCUCUUCAUGUUCACAUGAGUAUUCUCCAUUCUCAUGUUAGAUUUGGUGUCUCUGAAUGCACACUGGUUGGUGUAACUGUGAAAGUGUGCAAUUUAAUAUUUCAGUCUGUUCUAACAUUCAUAAAGUAAAUGGAAAACCACCUCUUGUAUACUUUUCCCAAAUUUAAUGUAAAGGACUAGCUCCUGCUUUGCACCAGUUGCUACUGGGAAUGACUCAGUGAUUACCUUCAACACCAUAAUGAACUUAGUGAGUGCACAAUGUGGAUGGAUAAAUACUAUUACUGAAAACUAAUAGUGAGGUCCACAUAUGAAGACCUUGGAUUCAUCAAAGUGUCCUGUUUCAUGUUCAUGUUAAAUUAUAUUAUGACACCUAGUAGUCGGAGGGAACUUGACAUCAUCUGAAAUCGGUUUAAAGCUUCCAGUAACUGAAGGAAAAGACAAAAGGAAGAUCUGGAGUGGACAUAUUUUGUACAUGAAAAUGACUUGAACAAAAUAAAAAUGGUAAAGGAUAUUUAGUGUAGUAAGACUAGCAACUGCUACCAAAACAGCUAUAUUUAUAUGUGUGUUGCACUGUGUAUUCAAUUAAUCUUUUUUUUUCUCAAUUUUUUUGUGUGAACAAUAUGUACAAAAUAAAUCCUAAUGAACUUAAGUAUAUACUUGUCUGAGUGUUUUUCAGAAGGUAAGGAAUUGGUCUUGUCACUAUGCCAGUACUUAUAAUGUAGAUUUUAUAUAUUUGUAUUUGUUUCUGAAACAGUAUCAUUUGCAGGUAAUUGAAAUGUUUUCAUAUCUAUUUCUGUCACUGUCUAUAGUCAUGUUUGAAUGUAUUUUACUGUUCUGUAUAUGUUCUGUUUAUUUCAAUAAACCUUGGUGUUUAGAAACAGUUUAGAACAUAAAAAUGUGAUAUGUUAAAAUGUUUAUUAGGAUUGAAAUCGAAAGAUUGCUAUUAUUGUGUUAUAUCAUUUUAAGAUAUAUUCAUCUAAGGGCAAUAUUUAAUCUAAUUUAUUUACUCACUCCAUGGCUUCUGCGUGAAGGACACAAAAUGAGAGCAAAACAAUGCUGGAUUGAUAAAAGAGCUGUGCAAAAAUAAAGUUAGAAAAGCAUGGGAUAUCAAAUGUAAUAGUUUACAAUAUUUGCCAAGUUGUGACAGCAAAUCUUCUUAUAACCCCCCACCAUAAGCCAGUUAAACAAGUUUGUAAGUUUGUGGUGCAAUUUACACAUUCAAAGAUCAAAAGGAAAGUUUGGGGAAAAAUAUCUUUCUGUUAUACUUGCAACUAAAAAUUAUAAUAAAACAUACGUGCAAACAGGCUAUUGUGCUUGUGGCAUAAGUUUUAGAGAUUUUUUUUUUUAUUCUUAAUAGUCAUUCAAUUUUUAAGACUAAAUGCUAUUCUAAUUAAAAUGCAUUUAAAAUUUUGUAUUUUUUUCCAAAUGGACAUUUCUAGUCCAAUGUAAUCCUAAACUAAUAGCAAAGUAUUGGUUUUUCAAAGACUGCAUAAAAAAUAACAUUUAUUAAAGCUUUCACUAUAGUGCUUUUUUAGUAUAUUUACAGUAUAUUAGCUGAGUAUCUGUGAUUGUGUAGGAUGGUGUUUCAGUAGUAAUUUGUUAAAAUAUCAAGCCUUUGUAGGCCAAUGUUCAGUCGUACUGUAACUGUCAUUCCCUAUGGAUAUACCCUACUGCCUAUUUGUGUAUGUUUAUGUUCUUUUCUGUUUUAAAUAAAUAAAGUUCCCAGUU